AUGUUUGCCGUUAAGGAGAAGACUGGAGAAAUCGUUUUGAGACGCCAUCUGGAUCGUGAACAUCGUGAUAGAUACGAGUUCACUGUAGAGGCUCGCGAUCACCAACCGGAUCAGCGGACGGGCACGGGAAUUGCCCAGGGUUCGGGAACUGCCCAAGUUCGCGUCGAUGUGACGGAUGUUAAUGAUAACGCACCAUACUUCGUGAACGCUUCACGUCUCUAUUGUUUCCUGAGACGCUCGGCGCGUCCAGGCGCCGAAAUCGCCCGUCUGGUGGCGCGAGAUGCGGACAGGGGGCCAUUUGGCCGCAUCACCUAUCAACUCCAUCAGGCACCUGUGGACUUGGGGUUGGAUCUGGACGAGACCUCAGGUCUGCUCUACCUGGGCGACUCACCGAAAGCCGCCGAUCUGCUCCGGAAUAAACGAGAACGCGAAUUUCAGGUUCUAAUCGGCGCAAAGGAUGGCGGUGGCCUUGCUGCAACCUCAAACCUAAGUAUUGCGCUGCAACUGGUGGACGACGACGAAGAGGUGCCGAGGUUC